AUUGAAAAAAAAGUUGAACUUUCCCAAUGAACAAAAUCGAGACAUGAUUUGAAUAAAUAAUAACUGGUCCUCUACAACUGGUAAAACAGGCUUCCUGCGCAUGUAGAACAAAGUGUAAUGACGUCGCGAGCAGCCCCGCUGCACUGAAAGUGAAACUAGAAGCUCGUUUCCUCCCUGUUGUGGGUCAGUGCAAGCGGCCCAUCAGGUGAGGGAAAACUCUCGGCCCAGCAGCUCCGUCCAAAAAACUGCACUGCUAUGUUUGGUGAGCAUCAAAACUUUUUAAGCUGAGGAGUGAAUACUUAUUUCAAGAAUCUGAUACUCCUUCACUUCACUGGAGGUGGCAAGAACAUUGCACUGAACACAUAUUACACGGCAGCUGUUUCUACAUAGAAUUGUUGAAUAACAAUGGAUUACUUCCUUAGUAUUGAUUAAAAUGGGCAAUCAGUGUUGCCAAAAGACAAGCUUCCAAAAUGAGCCGAGAUCAAAAGCUGAACAAGAAGCUUUACUGAGUGUCUCCAAAACCAGUUCGUUCAGGACAAGUGAUGAUAAGGAGCAUAUGAUUCUUCCACCAGAGUCAGCAGACAGUAAAGAUUUGACAGAUCCAAAAAGCAGAGCUGUCUACGUUGAGAUUUGUAAAGCUACUGCGGCCUCAGCAAAAAGUGUGCAGCAGGUUGGAGUUGAAAGUGACUUUAAGGAACCUGCCAGUAAAGUCCAGGAUACUAAUCUCAAGUCAGAACUUAAACCAGUACAUGUUUUGAAUGAUCUUAUGAGUAUGGAAGAUAAGAAGACUGGUUUAAAUGCAGAGAAAAGUACAAGGUGUGACGUAUCUGAAAAAACUGAACAAGAGAUCAAGGUUAAACAGAAAACAGUGCAAACUUAUGAAAGCAACCAAGUGUUAGAUUCUGCGUCCCAAGAAUGCAAGAGGGACCACUUAGCAGAUUUUUCAGAGAGAGAGAACUUGUAUAACUUGGAAGAUCCUGAAAAGCAGACAAAAAGAGCCAAACUAUCCCAAUAUGAAAGUGAUCAUCAACACGACCUUGGUCAGACCCAGGCAACAUUGCCUAGAGAUGAAAGCACAGCAAAAACUUUGGGGAUUGGACAGUUGGGCUGUUUAACCGAAGGGAUAAGAAACUACCAGAAAAGUGAAGAACCAGUCAGUAUAAGUCCGAAAGCUUUUCCAAAAGAACCUGGUUCAUCAGAACUGCGAGAUAACGCCUUCAACAAUGAAUUAGCUGUUGUUACAAAUACUGAAAUGCAUAUUAGCUGCAUUCAGGAAGGAAAUGAUAGAGAGGAAGACCUUUACCGUGAUGAAGAUGAAAUAGAGAAAGAUAAAUCUCAAAAGCUGCUUGAAGAAAGCCAGUUUGCAGUGGUUGCUGCAGAGAGAUCCACUAUCGAACCCAAUAUGGACAUUAUGGAAUAUUGCACCAGAGAGUGGAAAGGGAACACAGCAAAAGCAGAGCUGAUGAGAAAGGCUUAUGAAGCUGUUUGUGAAAAUUUCAAAUCUAUACGUAGAGUUCGCGGUGAUAAUUACUGUGCUCUGAGAGCCACACUGUUUCAAGCAUUGAAAAAUGUUGAACAUCUUCCCUGCCUGCAACAGGAUGACCUCGAACAGAUUCCAGAUAAGCUUAUUGAUGCAAGCUAUGUCUGGAUUAAACAGUGGCAUUUUGUCAUUGAAGACUCCAGGAGUGAAAAUCCUGUAAAUGUCUUGAAGGAAUAUUUGACAACACUGAAGGAAAAGCUACCAAUAGGAUGCCUGUGAGACAAAGGGAGAGGAAGUGGUAGCUGAGGCCUUUUAAGGGGAAUGAAGCUUGGUGAGAACCAGGUCAGGUUUGAAGUGACACUAGGCAUCACCAGUGUUAUGACGUGCUUCACAGAUGAAUUCUUGAGUAAAUAUUGUUUCUACUGUGUGGCCAUUUAAAAUGGACUUUGUUGAAUUGAUGCUGCAGUUUUCUGACAGGUGAAUGCUUAUUUUGCACUGCAUUUUUUUCCGGAAGUUCAUGCAUGUUUGUAAGCAAAGCUUCAGUGAUACCUAAUGCAAAAUGCUAGAAGACUUCAAUAGGUCUUGCAGCGUCUAUGGAGAGAAAUAAACAGAUGACGUGUUGGGGCUGAUGAAGGGUUCCAUCCUGAAACAUUGCCUUUUUAUUAACCUCCAUAGGUGCUGCCUGACCUUCUGAGUUCCUCCAGUAUUUUGCAUGUGUUGCCUCAGAUUUCCUGUAUCUACAGAGUCUUUUGUGUUUCAGUGGCACCUAAGAUGCUUCUUGAAAUGGUUAGUUGCACAUGUUAAUGUUUCAGCAAAGUUCUCUGAUCUGUUACCUCAUGAAAAAUGAAUAAUUAUCAAUUUCUAACUUGUAUGAAAUGCAGAACUGAUUAGUCUUUUUAUAUAUACAACCAAAAAUACAGGUCAAAUCUCAUUAAGCAUUGCUUGAGCAAUCCUUAUUACUAAUCCAUCAGCAGUAGCUUGGCUUUGUCAGAGGACCACAUUCCAUGGCUGAAUAAUGUUUACCUAAGGGAUCUGAAGGGUUUUGUGAAAUGUUAGCAUGUGUGAAUUUUUAGCACUUAUUUUUUUGCAUGUGCUUUUUAAAAAAAAUCCAUUCAGAUCUGCACAAAUUUUAUCAAAUUUUGUUGAUGAUUGAGUGGUAGAUGAGGAACUAAUUUGAUGAGGAGAACACCAGGUGAGUGUAAAGUAAUGCCUGUAUAGUAUAUGGGCAAAAACAUGGAAUAUAAUAUAUAAUGUGUGGAGAGUUUUGCAUUUUAGCAGGAAAAAUAAAAAUGCGUAGUAUUAUUUUGGAUGAUGUGUGAUUUUUUUUAUUAUUUUGCUUGGUGGUAUUUGGAAUGAUAAUGGGUAUCUUAACAAGAAACAGAAAGGCAUAUAGAUUAUUAUUUAUUGCAAGAGGAUAGUCUAUAAAAAUGAAUGAUUUUGCUGCAGCUGUGUAGAUUGAUGGAGUAAGCUUGCUGUUUACAGUUUUGUUUCCUUUGAACAAAAAGCAUAUUUUCCUUGAAGGUGGUGUCAAGGAAGUUCACGAGAUUUAGUUUUGAGAAGAAGGGUUGCUUCAUGCAGAGUGAUUUGUUUUUCUUUGUUCUACUGUGAAUUCCUGCAAGAAAAUGUGUACUUUGAUGAUAAAUUUACUUUGAACUUGGAAUGAUUUAAGAAGUUGGGCCUCUCUCUAAUUUAGAAGAGCGAGAGGUGAGUUCAAAGGAGAAAUGAGAUUCUGAGGUGAUUUAACAGGAUAGAUGCACUCUUGUUGGGGUACUCCCUAAUGGGGAACAUAAUCUUCCAUUUAAAACUGAGAUAAGGCUGGAAAUUUCUGAAAUGCUGUACUCCAGAGAGUUGUUGAUGAAGUCUCAUUAAAUAUAUUCAAAUUUCCGGUAGAUUUUUGGACUAUAUAAAAAUUGAAGUUGGAGGGUCAACAAUAUCCUUAUGGAAUGGUGGAGCAAAUCUGAGCAUUUGGCCUACUGUUCUCCUGUCAUAUGUUAUUAGUAAGCAUGUGUAUAAUCUGCAAUUAAUGUGUAUGAUUUGCUAUUAAUUUACACGUUGUAACUUUCAACUUUCCUCUGCCUGCCCCAUCAUCGCCUUUCCUCUGCCUGC